UGGAAGCAUUUAAAUUUUUUACAUUCUGGAAUUCAGUUUAUAUCCUGGCUUACAACGCAAUAAAAUACGGUAAAAAGUAAUAAAUGGAUUUAAAUAAAAAUACUGUUACCGAAACCGGUGAUAAAGUAGAAUUAAAUAAUGAUACAGAAUAUAAUGGAGAUACAGCUGAAUUUCUAAAAAUUUAUUCUAAAAUGGCAGAAAAUAUUCGAGAUGAACAUUUUGAAGAAAUAUCAAAAAUUGUUAAAUCUGAAAAUAUGACUUUUAAUAUAGAUUCAUUGCGUCUUAAUUUUGUUGAUAGUUUAGGAGAUAUUAUAAAUAAAAUGUAUGAAGCAAGGAAUUUAAAGCAAAAAUUAUUAAAAAUGAAAGUUCUAGAGGAAAGAUAUAAGAAAAAGGAACCUUUAAAAUGGCAUCCUCAUGGUAAAACAGCAGAACAACAAACAAUUUCCCAAAGAAUGGCCGUUUUAAAUAAAAGAAAGAAUUUUAUGUUUGAAUUAUUGGAAAGACAACGAACAACACUAGAGGAAACCACAAUUGAAGUUGAAAGAAAUCGAAAACGUUUAGCUCAACUUAAAGCAAGAAGAGAUGAAUUAAAUUUAAUGCUUGAUAUUAAAACAGAACAGCUUAAGAAUGUCCAAAAUGAAUUUACAAAUUUUCGACUUAAAAUGUCGAGGUAAAUGAAAUUGCUAGAAAAUUAAAGAAAUUUUUAUAUACUUAGAAACUUUUAUAUAUAA